GCCCCCCCUGCCAUGCUUACUUAAGCUAAUGGAAGGUCUUGCCUUUCAGCAGCCGCUGCACUGGGAUACCAGACAAACAGCUCCCCUCGACCCCUGGCAGGAAGGGCCCCUCUUCAGGAUGGGCCCCUCUUCAGGACAUCAUUAAAAGCACAUGCACUUGCUUCACAUCCAUUGGCAGAUGGUGGCAAGAUUCAGGACUUCUACCCUGACGCCAAGGAGAAACCAUCGCGCUGGAAAAUACCUUCGCUUUGAAAAUCCAAAUCGAAAUUAAAGAACUACAUGAGAUAAGGAGCCUGGAGAACAUUAGUUGGCUGCGGGGGUGAAGACAGACACAAAAAGCACACAGCAGGUAAGAACUGGGGUUUGUUGCCAAGAAGGAACUGUCCGCGUGGCGCAGCGAAAAGAUCUCAGAAGUGGAGGCCUUUCCUUCUGCGCCCUCCAGGCGUACUCAAGCUUGUCUUCCUUCAUCAGCUUCCAGAGGAGGGACGUUGUCAGAGUCUCCCCAAUCGGGGCGACUAAUCCUGUUAUCAGCUUGGUAAUAAAUAUUAAUGUCCCCCAGCCAGCCGGUGAUGGUGUUCCAUCAGACCCAAGGCUGUUAAGAAGCCCCAUCAGCAGCUUCGCCCCUCUCUGCGAAAAAUCGAUGAGACGCAGGGCCAAGUUGAAGCGAUGGCGGCCUAUCCCGAGAGCUGCGUGGACGCCUCUGUGCUGGACUUCGUCGCAGACCUGUCCCUGGCCUCCCCGAGACACCCUCUCCUUUGCGACUUUUCGCCCUGCGUCCCCUUUGGGGACCCGGCACUUGAGCUCCGAGAGGGAAGGCCCAGGAGGCUGGCGCAGUUUGAGGAGGGGACCCCGGAAGAAGAGGAUUGCGAAGUAGAUGAAGGGGAUGGGGACGAAGAGGAGGAGGAAGAGGAGGGACGCGGGAGAGGACCCUCGAUACUAGGCCGCCCCAAGAGGAAAAGGGUGAUCACCUAUGCCCAGCGCCAGGCCGCCAACAUCCGCGAGAGAAAGCGGAUGUUCAACCUCAAUGAAGCCUUUGACCAGCUGCGGAGGAAGGUGCCCACUUUUGCUUACGAGAAGAGGCUGUCUCGGAUCGAGACCCUACGCCUGGCCAUCGUCUACAUCUCCUUCAUGACUGAGCUCUUGGAGAGCUGCGAGAAGAAGGAAACCGGCUGAGCCGGGUGGGAUGGGGGUCAUCUGCCCCCUCCUCCCCUGAGCGCGCGUGGGUCUGGGGUGUUUCAGGACCUAGCAGUGAGUGUCGCUGAAAGGCAAGUAGGGACGCCCCAAGACAGAACGGCUGACCUUCCGAAGAUCAGGUUCAGUAUUGUAAAAUCCCCACAGCCCUCGGGAAGUGUGGCAGCUGUAGAGUUAAUAUACAUGCGGUCGCCCUCAAAGGAAUGGAGAUUAGGGGCCAGAGGGCUGUUAACUAGGAGUCUGGACUGUGUGAGGCUCAAGCCCAGCAUCUUCUGAGGGCUGAGUGGGUGGAAAGUUCACCUUCUCAAACGACAGAGUUCAGAGCUUCUAUGGAGUACAAUCUUUCCUCCUUUUUUAAAUAGAAAUAAAAAAAAAAUCUUACUUUUUAAUUUUUAAAUUUUUUUUUUAAAGACUCAAGAGUCGGGGCUGAAC